UGUGCCAUAAAUAUAAAUGAUUUAAAAUUCUUGGAGGAGGAGGAGGGGAGAAGGGGAAAAAAAUAAAACAAGCACCUAGUUUAAACGAGACUCACUGAAGAUGGCUGUAAAUGAGCGGCUUUGAAACCCAAAGAGCAUUUUUUUGAAGUUCUGCUUCUUCGCAACCAACCCCUAAAAGCAUUUUGCAAUCAAAGGAUGCCAAGACAAUUGGAAUUUCCCUUUUAAAUCUCUUUUGGAAGAGAGCGAGAGAGAAAGAAGCGAGAGGCUUUUUUUGAGCUGGAUGGCAGUGAGGAAGUCAGACAGUUGAGGCUGUGAAGAAGAAAGGGACAGAGAGGGGAAGGGUCGAUUGAUUAAAGCUUUUUUUUGGAGGAUUUAGUCUUUCAAAUGGGGGAAAUCUUACCUGAUAUUUGUUGAAAAGGGUGGAAGAAGCUGGGAGUUUGGCCGUUGGCGGCGGCGGCGGUCGGGGUCUCUUUUUUGAAUUUUUGAAAAUAACGACUUUUUUCCCAAUCCAAGAUGGCUGAAAACUGGAAGAGCUGCUUCGAGGAGGAACUUCUGUGCCCCAUCUGCCUGCAGGUCUUCGUGGAGCCGGUGCAGCUGCCGUGCAAGCACAACUUCUGCCGGGCUUGCAUCGGCGAGGCCUGGGGCAAGGAGUCGGUGAGCCGUUGCCCCGAGUGUAACAACGUCUACCCGCAGAAACCGGCGCUGGAGAAGAACCUCAAGCUCAGCAACAUCGUGGAAAAAUUCAACUCCUUCACGGCCGAUGCCGCCGCCGUGGCCGCUGCCGCUUCGUCCUCGUCCUCCGCCGGCGGCGGCAGCAACAACAACAACGCCGCCACCAACCCAGCGGCCUCGUCCGCCGCCUACAGCCCGCUCUGCUGCCGCUAUUGCCGCAACUCGCCCGCUCAGAAGGUCUGCCUCCGCUGCGACACCGGCUGCUGCCAGGCCCAUGUCGGCGCGCACCUGCAGGCCGCCUCGGUCAGCGGCAGCCACUUGCUAAUCGAGGCCGGGGAUGCGCGGGCCUGGAGCUGCGCUCAGCACGACGCCUACCGGCUGCUGCACUGCGAGACGGACCAGGUGGCCGUCUGCCGCUACUGUUACUACAUGGGCAGCCACCAUGGCCACAGUAUCUGCGACCUGGAGGUCAGGAGGAAUGAGAUUCGGCAAAUCUUGAUGAAACAACAAGAGAGACUAUCAGAAAGAGAACAGGAUAUUGAAGAACAAAUCUACAAACUGAAAACUGAUAAAAGUGUAAUUGAGGAAAAAGUCCAGCAAUUAAAAGAAGAAGUACGCCUGCAGUAUGAGAAAAUGCGUCAGAUCUUGGAAGAGGAUCUGGGGAAGACUUUGGAACUCAUUGAUAAAACACGAACAAAAUUCUGUGACGAAAAUGCAUCGCAAGUACAUCAGCUAAAUGAGCGACUAGAGGAGGCUAAAAAAUUACUCAACUCUGUCCAAAAAAUGUGGGACAGAACAGAGGAUAUUUCCUUUAUGAAGAAUACCAAAUCUGUAAAGAUUUUACUGGAAAGGACUCAAGCUUGUACUGGAAAUGGAUUGCCACCUCCCAAAUUUGGUCACCUCCAGCCAAAACCUUUCUUGAGUGAGAUUGGGAAAAAGGAAAAACACAUCAGAAAGUUGCUUGAAGGGACAAUAAGCACUCCUGUUCCGUUUCUGCAGAGCGUUCCUGCUUACACCUGCAACGUUUCCAAUGCUGCUGGAGAAAAACGCAAGCACUCCACUGCUUUCCCUAUGCCCACAACAUCCGCUGUGGAUAAUGGUUUCCUGGAAGUAACGGCUGGGAAUGUUUCCAGCCAGUUCAUGGGCCAAAGCGGGUCUGUCGUGGAGGGCCAGUCAGCACAGUCCCUUGUGCCCUGCAGCUCUUCCCCACACAUUGUGGGACUGACGAGCGGUCCACAGCCCGUCCACACAGGUCCAGUCUUCAAUACAACUCACUAUCCCAAUGGCACACCACCUCAGCAGUCUGUACUUUCCCAGUCAGUUGGUUAUGGUGGGCGCAAAAUCCUCGUCUGCUCGGUGGAUAACUGUUACUGUUCUGGUGUGCCUUCUGUUUCGAACCACAAUGGACACCAGCCGUACAGCAGAUCAGGCACUUUCCCAUGGUCUGUGACAUCGCAGGAAUACGCACAUGCUCUUCCACCUGCUCCCUCGGUACCUCAGUCCCUCAUAUCAUAUGGAAUGGGGUCAGCAUCUCACAACAAUACUGCAGGCAAGAUAACUGCAGGCUAUAUGGCCAAUCCUUCACUGAACACUACACCGCAAACUAAUCUUCUAAAUUCUGUCUACCAUACAUUUUGAACAGUGUGUGCAUUUUCUCAUGUUUUAUUUUUAAUUUUUCUUCUUUCUGUAAAUGUUAAUUUCAAAUCAUUUGCUUAAAAAGAAGUUAGAAAAUACAUUCCGCACAUAAUGUAACCUUUUUGUGCAAUUGAAUUCCAGUGCUGGUUUAGUAAUCCAUUCACAGAUGGAGUCAUAUCUGUAUUAAAUGACUUCCUUUGGUUGUUUCUGCCAUGAGUGCCACAACCAUAACAGAAUUUUUAUAUGAAAACUCUUAGCACUUUUUGCAGAGGCAUUUAAUAUUAGUUAAUCAUAAUAGUGCUCUGGUAUAAUAAUAACAGCAAUAAACAGAGGUACCAUUUGACAGUGAAGCACAAAUUACGCUGAUGUGCGUUGACACUAUUUGUCUGACCUGUUAAAUAGGCGGACCUGAGAGGGGAAAUGAUACCCUAACACUGGAAGUUGUCACAAGGUAAUGCAACGUUGAAUGGAAGAUUGUCUCUGGCAAGUUGUCAGGCAGGACAUUCAAUCAUUGAUUGUCAUUGUUACCCAAUGGUCCUUUACAAUAAACCCUUUGAGUAUGGACUCCCUUGUGGAACAAGAAAUCCAAGAAGAAAAUCAAUUUGUUUUUGUUUUAAACAUUCAAGGUGGGACUCUGGCUUCCUAGAGAUGGAAACUGCACCCUAAUUGAGCAUGGCAGAUUUGGCCUGUCACUUUAAUCAUGUAAUUUUUUUAAAAAAUAAAUCACAGUGGGACUACUAUGAUGCAAAGUGGAAAAACUGGUCAGGCUGGGUUCCUGGCUAGCUAGAAGAAAGACAGAUUAUUUUAGGUUUGGCAAAUGCUGUCCUGUAAACUAUAUAUUGAUAAAUAAUUGGGAAUAUGCUUAAUGCAUAAGAUGAACGUUUCUUAAUCAGUAUUCUGUAGAAAAACUGGAGUAUUUGGGAAUUCUGUUUUUAUUUCAGAUAAUGGUGGGGGUGGGGGGGCAGUCAUGUUACAAUAAUGCUCAAAGGGUUGAAGAUCUGUUUGUCGAACAAACAUCUUUUCAGGCCUAUUGUGAUAAAUGGGCUAUUACAGUGGAACCUCAUUAUUACUAACCCGUGGUGGUUUUGUCAGUGGGGGGGGGGGACAUGGAAUGGGUGCUUCACCUUGCCAAGGUUUGAGCUCUUCAGUUCUGACUUAAUUCCUUCACCACCAACUGCUGGAAAAAAAUGUUUCACCAAUUUAUUUUCUUUUGUUUUCAGUUCUGCAUCCGAGCAAUGAGUGUGGCACUAGGAUGUUCUCUGAAUGGUAAAAGCAAUUACCACAGUGCAGUUUGUUAACACUGGGCAAAAGAAUGAAAGAUAAUUCAUUACAAAUGGUGCCGAUGGAUCUGCUGGUCUGCAUGUUAUAACAAAGUUUGUUUCAUCAAGGAAUUGAAUUCCUUGGACUUUUAUUUUAAAUUAAAACUGAAAUGGAGCUUCAGUUGGGGACCUGGGGAAAGAUUGAUGUAACAGAAGGUUGUUGUAACAAGGUUUGGCUGUAUUUUAACUGUGUGGUGACGGUCCAUAGGCAUUUGACCACGGGAGCUCUGUUUUGCUUUGUCCCUGCAGAAAAGGGUGAAUGUCAGUGUUUGGAAAAACUAUUGUAAUCAGUAAAAUCAAGAACUGUUGGUAUUUUGUCUUUCUCAAAUACUUAUAGUUACCAGGUUAUGCAGGGUUUAUCUUAACCUCCUAUUUCAUGUCACUUUAUCAAUAUCUUCUUUUAAGACAUUGAAUAAACAUGUAUACAUGCA